AUGUCUGGGACUUCGCGUUCAAAUAAUUGUUCGACCGCUGUUCACCGCUUAAAACAAGAUUAUUUGCGAUUAUCUCGUGACCCCGUUCCUUACGUAACUGCGGAGCCACUUCCAACUAAUCUUUUCGAGUGGCAUUAUGUCAUCAAAGGUCCAGCUGAUUCGCCAUAUAAGGGAGGUUAUUAUCAUGGCAAGCUUAUAUUUCCCAAGGACUUCCCAUUUCGACCCCCUUCUAUAUAUAUGAUAACACCGAAUGGCCGUUUUGCAUGCAAUACUAGACUUUGUUUGUCCAUAAGUGAUUUCCAUCCAGACACAUGGAACCCUGCAUGGUCUGUCUCCUCUAUUCUCACAGGAUUGUUGAGUUUCAUGUUGGAAAACACAUGUACCAUGGGGAGCAUUGUGACAACAGUCAGCACGAAGAAACAGCUGGCUAGGAAUAGUGGUGAUUUCAACCUGAAGUCGGAUAUAUUUUGUGAACUGUUCCCCGGAAUUGUUGACGAAAUUCGUGAGAACCUUACAGCUGAAGAACUUCAAAAUCGAGAACAAAAUUCAUCGAACCACGGUCAGUCACAAUCGGAUGGAAAUACUAAUACAGCUGGAGGGAACGGUGAAAAUAGAAAUGAGUGGCAUAUUUCAAAGUUAUUUGUCAUUAUUGUAUUCAGUAUAUUUGCCUUUUUGGUGCAACUCGUCAUGAGAUUUCUUGAACCGGUGUCAUGA